UCAUCACAAAAAGAUCCUAAAGUCCACCGCUCAGCUAAAAUUUCUGGAGUCUCUCCACCGUCCGAUCAUUUUUGGAACGCUUUAUUCUUCAUUUUUUGUUUUUCAUUUUCGGAGUUUUUCUCAUCUCACUUUAUCCAUGGCCACCACUCUUCCCCCACACCCAGCACCCUUCCUCAAAACCCCUCUCCCAAUACCCAAACCAAACACCACCACCGCCAUUACAAGUAGCUACGCUCCUAUACGGUGCGGUCCCCGGGACAACCGCGGACCUCUCGUCAAAGGCCGAAUCUUGAGCAUCGAGGCUAUCCAAGCCGUCCAAGCCCUCAAACGGGCCCACCGAUCCGACCCCUCCACCCUCCCCACCGUCGCCUCCAAGACUCUCUCCCGCCUCAUCAAAUCCGACCUCCUGGCCGCCCUGAAGGAGCUCCUACGCCAGGACCAUUGUGCCCUCGCUCUCCAUGUCUUCUCCGCUGUCCGAUCGGAGUACCGUCCCGACCUGUCUCUCUACGCUGAUAUGGUCAUCGCCCUUGAGAAGAAUGGGAUGGCGGAGGAUAUCGACCGUCUCAUCUUUGAUUUAGAGAUGGAGGGGUGUGGGGCCGUGGGAGAUGAUAAUAAGGGGCUGAUAAGGUUGGUGAGAGCGGUGAUUGCCGCAGAGAGGAGGGAAUCAACGGUCAGGAUUUAUGGGAUGUUGAAGAUGGGUGUAUUGGGGUCCAGUGGUUUUGAAGCGGAUGAUCAUACGGUUGGGGCUUUGAGUAAGGGGCUCAGAAGGCUUGGUGAGGCGGCUUUGGCUGAUGAGGGUUUCUUUUUUUUUUUCCCCCCGACACUCAAAGCUCUCAGCCACCCUCUCUCUCUCUCUCGUUGCUAUCUCCGGGAUCGCGACUCCGAUCUCCGGGAAGUCGCUCCAUUUUCGGCGAAGAAAACGACUUCGACGUCUUCUUCUCCCUCCUCUGAAUCGCGCUGAUCGAGAUCCGGGAA